AAUAACAAAGACUUUAAUAGAUCUGGAUGGUCCCAGUUGGAGGGAGAAACUGCCACCAAUUCCAGUUGUCCCAGUUGCUGUCCAGCUACACAGGUGGAAUGGAGGAAACUUUACUUCAGAAAAUAAGCCAAGAAGUACUACAGAUACCAACACAGAAGAACAGUUGCAGAUGAAUCGUGAGAAAGCUGAGGAGAUGUUCAAGACGUUAAAAAAUGAAGGGAAUGACUUUGUAAAAAAGGGUAAAUAUGAAGAAGCUGUAAAUAAAUACAGCGAAUGCAUGAAGUUAAAUACCACGGAAUGUACAAUCUACACUAACAGAGCUCUCUGUUACUUGAAACUGUAUAAAUAUGAAGAGGCUAAGCAGGAUUGUGAUCAUGUUCUUCAGAUAGAAGAUUCUAAUAUUAAAGCUUUUUAUAGAAGAGCACUAGCUUACAAAGGAUUACAGAAUUAUCAAGCCAGUGUUGAUGAUUUCAACAGAGUACUUCUAAUAGAUCCAAAUGUUCUUGAAGCAAAAAAGGAACUAGAGGAGGUAACCCAACUGCUUAACCUUGACAGCAGUGCUGUAGCUGGCGGUCAGCAAAAGCAAAGGAAGAAAAUAACCAUACAAGAGGUGACUGAAUCUGACGAACAGGAAGAGAGACACUUCGCUACAUCAGAAGAUGUUGUGACUGAUUAUGUUACUUCUGAGGAAGCAGUUCAGAAGUGUGUGCCACUGAAGAGCUCUGAGAAACUGCACAUUUCUGAACCAUCUAAUGCUUAUGACUUUGGUCAGAUUAUAAAUGCAGUGAAUACCAAUAAGGAUAAAGCUGCUUGUGCAGAUCUUUUAACAAUGACUGAUCCAAAAAAAUUGCCAGUGCUGCUAAGUAACAAACUUGAAGGAGAAAUCCUUUUAAUCUUUAUUCAGUCGUUGGAAUAUUAUGUACUUGGAAAAGAUCCUGGCCUUGUAUAUCAGCACCUUUUCUACUUGAGCAAAGCAGAAAGAUUUAAGGUGGUGCUGGCCCUUCUUAGCAAAAAUGAAAAAGAACAGGUUCAGCAACUGUUUGACUUACUUUCAGAAAACCAGAAUCAUCAGUACUCUUUGGAAGAUCUUGAGACCCUUAAAAAGGUUUAUGAACUUUAG